UAGGCAACAGUCAAUCCACUAAAGAAUGGAAUGACAAGUGCCAACUAUGGAUGAAUCAAAUUUACAUACGAUAUGUACUUGGAAUUAAAUUACACAAAAAAAGAAAUAGAAAAAAUGAUCUUGGGCAAUAUCAUAGAUCUAUGACGGCUAGAUUGUGGCAACAGGGAGCGGGGUACCAGGAG